GAUGGUCACUGUUCCCAUAAAAGAAAUCGGUCUCAGCCAACGAUAGUGUUCUGCUCAAGCCAACAGACAUGUCGGAAUUUCUGGAGGACCCGUCUGUGCUCACUAAAGAUAAGCUCAAAAGUGCACUGCUGGCCCAUAAUGUGGCUCUGCCGAACGGCGAACAUAAGAAGGACGUAUACAUACAGCUGUACUUGAAGAAUCUGACCGCGCAAAACAAAAAGAGCAGCGGCUCUCCAGAUGUCUUCUCCAGCGACGAGGAACUGCCUCCAGCCCCCGUGCUCUCCAACCGUAGCCGCUCUGGCAGGAAAGCCACCAGGAAAACUGACAAAGUUCGUCCAGAGGAUGUUGAUGUCAUUGAUUUGAGCAACGAGGCUUUGAAGGACCUGUUACUGAAGUAUGGCCUAAAUGCUGGACCCAUUGUUGCAUCCACUCGGAAGUUCUACGAGAAGAGGCUUCAGAAGCUGUUGGAUCAAGGUCCUCCUGAGACUGUGGCCCCUCCCUCAGAGACAUCGCAGACAGACGUCAGCCAGAAUGGCAACACGGACUCAGACCAGUACAGCGACAAGGAGGAAGAAACAGUAGCUCCAGCCCCUGAGUUUGUUCCCGAACCUGAACCGGAUGUAGAGGCAGAGUCGAUUCCAGUUGUGGAGAGACCAAUCAGGAGCAGAGGGAAAGCGCCAGUGACUAGCAGAACACGCAGUGGCCAGCACAACAGGGAGGAUGAAGAUAAGGAGGAGGAAGUUUUGAACAUUAAGAGAAAGUUGAAGAGAUCUUCUCACAGGCUGGAUCAGAUGGUUCCUGCAAGCGACGACGCUGAGAACUCUGAGCUCUCAUCAGCAGAAUACUUCUCUGUUUCUCAAGACAAGAGAAGAACAGGACUUGUGGCAGCAAGAAAAGAGCCCCGACCUUUACUCAUAGACAGGAUGUCAAAGCUCUCAUCCAAGACUGAAUCUCUGAGACGACGCAGUGCACCAGUCCGCUCAUUUCGGCCUGAUUUGAAUGAGGCUCCUGUCACUGAUAAGGAUUUUUCUGAGCCCUCGGUAGUGAAGGAGGUCUCUAUUUCUCUGGUGAGGAUGAAAGCACAAUCUUUGGCAGAACCAAAGGAUCCCAAACCCUCAAAGCGCUCCUCUAUGUCUGCGACUGAUUGGUCAGAAUCACUAAAACAUCACAACUCUCCUUACCAGUCAACUGUAUCUGGUUUACAUAGCACCACUCCCAUUGACAAGUUUGAUGAGAAUGCUGCUGAAAUCACUUCUCCUCCAGUUAGAGUAUCCAAUCGAGAGCCGCAAGUUUCCCUGCUUAACACUGCUUGUGUUGAGGCACAGGAUGUCAAAUCUGUCACUGUAUCUAAGCUUUCAAAGCCUCAUUUGAGUCCAACCAAACCUUCCAAACCCUUGAUAGACAUGAUGAGCCGUCUUUCACCUUCCUGUGAUGGCCAAAGAGAGGUUUUCCCAUCACACUCAAUUUCUUUUAGGGAUUCUGCAUCCCGUACGGCUUCAGAGGACUCUCUUCCUGUCUCGUAUGACAUUUCCCAGGAGAGCUUUGGCUCACCAAAGACUGAGCCCAAGACUAGACGGUCCAAAAUCACCUCUUUCUUUUACCAAAUCACUUCUGUCCGAGGAUUUGAUAGCAGCCAGACGGAGACGCCAAAGUUAGCAACGGUUGAAAAGGUGUCGGCUAUUGAUCAGACCCCGAGGAUGGUAGAGAGAGAUGUGCUUAAAGAGAUCUUUCCCACUGAAAACCUCAACACCCCUACUGGAAUCAGUGCCACCUGUCGCCGACCAAUCAGAGGAGCAGCUGGCCGGCCCCUGGUCAGCGACACAUGGCUGGACGAAUCCCGUCUCGGUCUUAAGGAGCUCAGAGAAACCAGCUCCUCCUCCACCUACACCGAGACCCGAUACCUUCCACGUGUGGCCGCCGCCGUCCCUCUAACCGCUUCCAAGCCUGCGGCGCCCCCUGCUGUGAAGAGCAGAGCACGGCGCAGCCUGCCAGUGUGGGUGCAGCUUCUGCUGCUCAGUGCGGUCGCUGGAUUCCUGUUCUUUGUCUACCAGGCCAUGGAGACUGAUGAGGUUGGACUCUUCAAGCAGAGCGGAGCAGAUGAUAGCACCAGCAAAUGAAUGUCAUGCGGAUCGCCCCACUCUUUGCUCUCUUUAUCGUACUCAGCCAGUGCAUCUCUUUGUUGACUCGGCAGCCGUGGACUUUUACCUGCGAUCUUUAUAGAUUCAUACAAAGACAAACCCAGAGCUUUUGCAUCAAAUGUCUACUCAUGCUCUCUUCCAAAUGAACAGGUUUAGAGGAAUAAAACCUGGUUAUGGUUUUAAAACUGUGACUUUUCUUGCCUUUGUAUGUUGAGUGAGUGUGUUUGUUUGUUUUUUCUUUUUUCAUUUGUACUUUAUUUUACAGAAUAAUGUUGGUGCUGUCUAUGAAUGGGAGUCUGAGUUGAGGUGCUGAAGGAGUUAGCUAAAUACACUUGUUUUUUUUGUAAACAACAUACUUGUGACAAUAUUUUUGCAUUUAUUUUCACAUGUAGUAUCUAUUCAUCUUAACAUUGAUGCCCUUUGUAGUAUUUAUGUAUGUUGUUGAAAUACAAAUAUUUUCAAUAAACUGUUUUGCAAUG